AGUCGCUGGUACGAUCCCCCAGACUUCAGCUAUAGGAAGCAUCGUGGCACUCCCUGAUGUCGAGGAAUGCUGCGACAAGAAGAUUCCGAAGCCUGAGCGGUGUGGAGCCGUAGGCUGCCCUUUCUCUUGCCAAUGCCGAUCUGUCGAUCUCUUUGAUGAUCCAUUUCAAAGCCUUACUUCCGUGACUCGCGCCGCCUCAGGGUCUUCCUCACAUGAGCCGGCUUACAAACCCAUUGCACCUCUUGGCGCAAGUGGUCUGUCGUUGACUGCUCCCGGUCCGAUGACGAGCUCUAGCGCAGAUGAUCCACCAACUCGCCCAGCUUCGCCAAGUCCUGGUGCCUCUACUUCAGAAGAACCACCGCGGAUCAAAAUACCCGCACCCCCUCAGAGGCACAACUCUUUACACCUCCGAGACCGUCUAUACGAUUUACUGCAAGAAGAGUCAGGGUCUUCUCCAGCUUCGUCGUCCAUGCCAAAUCUCACAUCUAGUCACUUUCCUUCAACACUCACUUCUCAGCACGCUUCUACUAGUACCUCGACUUCUCAAUCUCGUUAUGGAUCCCUAUCGCACCCCCCUCCCUCGCGUGCUUCCGAGAUAUCGGCCACCUCGGAACAAGUGCUCGGCAAAACGAUCACUCGUGCCAGUGAUGCAGCUCAUGCCCUCGAAAAAUCUCAGCAAUUGGAGAGGGGCCGGUCUUCUCGUUCACGUUCACGUUCUCGGCGGAAGGAGGGAGAAGACAAUGCGCCUCCCACCCCCGAAAAGGACGAUUAUACUUCCCAGGCGCCGGCGCCUUCUACAUCCCGUAGACCUGAGACUCCCAAGACUUCUCGGAGCCGCAGCACGCGGCGUGAAGAAAGUCAAAGUCGUCCGCGCCCCACCCUAUCGUAUUCACAGUCCAUCACAAACUUCUAUUCCGCUCCCCCUGGUCCUUCACGUACUCCCAUUUACGGUCAUUCUAAUUUGAAGACUUCGAACUCCUUUCGAGCGACACCCCUUUCGUCUUAUCACUCCUCCUGUACUAUACGCUUUCGAGAUAAUAUGGUAUCUUCCAUCCGAUAGAUUGGAAGGGACAUUUACGGAUUUGCACACUCGUAUUGUCCUCUAUUUAUCUUUCCACCGGAACACAUAUGUACUAUAAUCGCAUUUUCGGAAUUCACUCGUUUA